AUGAAGAUUUUGGCCGGGCUUGCUGUGUGCACGGGUGCUGCAUGGGCAUUUUCGGACACUGCGUCUUUCUACUCAUCUCGGGAAUUGGACACUUCUCACCAUGUUGUACCAGGCAAAGACUUGUCUUUGGAACUUGGACAAAUUGCGCCUAGCUUUUGCGCUGACGGCGACAAGUUGCACAUUUACAGAGUAAGCAAUUUGGCGAGAGUUGCUCCAGCACAAGUUGGUGGAACCUUUAUCAAGAAUGUCCACUAUAAAGGUGUGGACGACAUUGAACUGGUUGUGGACUCUUUCUUUGCUGCUGGAGCGUCUGAACCGGUCAUUUAUGACAUCGAGGAUGGCCAAAGGCACCUUAUCGAAGAGUUUUUGACCUCAAACAGCUGUGUGAUCGUCCAGGGCAAGCCUACUUUCAGCAAAAUCGAGACACAGAAAAGAGAGGAGGUGGAAGAACACGAAGGAAACGAAGACCAGCCUGAGGCUGUGGAUGCUCCUGAAGCUGUAGGUGCCCCUGACGAAGGUGAUGCACCAAAAUCUUCGAAGAAGAAAUCGAACCUUUUUAGAGAAUACCAAUUUUUCACCCCGGGUGUGUGGCUGGCAUUGAUUGUCUCGCUUUUCUUGGUUUUCGUUCUGUCCACCGCCAUUGGGUGGAUCACGUCGAUCCAGACAUCCUACCAUGCUUUCGAAAAGCAAAUUGACUACGAGAAGAAGACUGAAUAG